UAUAUAUAUUAUAUUUAAUUUCCGUCUUUUACAUGAAGCGAAUGCUGGUUAGUUUAAGAAUCAAUCGCCACAUACCUGUAUUAUUAUGGUUUGUGCCACAAACACAUACUUCCGGUUUUCUUCCUGGAUGUCCUGCGCAGGCGGGCUUUUUGUUUUGCCCACAUCGUCGACAUGGAGUUUAACGAGUCUGUUCUAGCAGAACGCACCGACCAAGCUAAGGUUGUCGAUGAGAAGGAGCACCAACGAUGGACGAGCUUCCAUUGCAAACAUUGUAACACGGUGCUGGGGGACUCCCUGGCUGUGUGCGGAGAAUUGCCGUCCUUGGACGCCAUCUUGUGUCUCCGAGUCACCAGUGAUGUGCUGCUUAGUAGUGACAUGGAGUGUGGACAUAAAGGGGACAUGGCUAACUGCAUCUUCAGCAGCGUGAGGUGUGGCGAGUGUGGCGUCACGGUGGGCAGGGUGAUCCACGCGGCUCCUCCACGCUUGGCGAUGGUGCGCUCCUUGUUCCUGCUCCACAAAGCAAGCAUCAGAUGUUACACGCUGGGCAGCGGCUCCAUGAUGAAGGCCUCGUCCGUCUCUUUCGACCUGGAGCCUCUCGGCGAUGAGCUCGGCGAGCUGAGGAAGCAGUUUGAAGCCGGCUUCGAUCAUGUGACUCGCGUCAAAAGCUGCCUGAAGGACAACGCCGACGUCAGCCGCCGGUAGAGCGCCACCGUGAGCGCUUGUUUAUCUUUUGUUCCUGUUUGCAUCUUUGCUGGCAACACCGACAUAGCUUGCUAAUGUACUCGUGUCGGAGCGCUAACACCAUGCUACGCUGUUUAGCAGCAGCAGCAGCGUCAUGCUAGGUUAGCGCUGUCGCUGAAGAAAAAGUCAUCCAUCAAAAAAAAAAAAAAAAAACACGCCUGAAUCAGACGCACAGUUACGCCUGGUGCAUUGCUCCAUAGAACAACGGCAUGAACAGAGUGAGCCCUUUUAUUUUACACAGGGAGAAGGGGGGGUGAUGCUAAUGUGUUCGUGUUCAAGUGCUCUGUUUCCUGCCACGUUAGAAAUAAAAGCUACUUUAUUCUUGGAAGGAUAAUACUCUCAUAAGUGGAAUACUUUAUUCUCAACAAUAGCCACGUUUACAUGAGGAGCUUUUCCACUUUCCGAAUGGAAUCUUUCCGAAAGUAAUGGUAUACAUGGAAAGGAAUAUUCCAAUCGCGUGUCUACAUUCGCCGGGAACAUUCAUUCAUUUUCUACUGCUUUUUGCCCAGCUGUCUUCGGGCGAGAGGCGGGGUACACUCUGGACUGGUGGCCAGCCAAUCACAGGGCACAUAUAAACAAACAACCAUUCACACUCACAUUCAUACCUAUGGACAAUUUGGAGUGGCCAAUAUAUAUAGUAAACCUCGGAUAUAUCGGAUAUAUCCGAGGUUUACUGUAUAUUCAUUCGGAUUGGCGCUUUUUGAGCAAAUAACCCGAAUAGAAUUGGAAUAUUUAGGUCCAUGUAUACGUGGCUAUUGUACUACUUUUAUUCUCAUGUACCCUGGUGUCCGGUUGGUAAAAAAACUAGGAAGCAGUAAGGAACCCCACCAAGGCUGGUUCUGUGGCACCAUGCUGCCAUAGAAUAUUUAUUGAUAUUCUUCUUAUUGCUGAAAUUGUUGUAUUGUUGUGUCAUACAGAACCUUUGAAGAACAUACAGUAGCAUGCCCGUUUUGGAGUGCAUAGUUUUUACAAGGUCAACAAAAUCUCAUGUUCUUGCUUUUAGCAGCGUAUAAGCACACUUUGUUUUGUUUUUUGUUUGUUUGGGGGGGGGCUACAGUUGGCUUGCUACCGUGACACACAAGCAUCCCGUUCACAUGACAUAGUUGGAAAUUAUUAUUGCAUGCAUUACAAUCAUGUAUGCUAAAUCAUGCAUAUAUAAUAUAUAUAUAUAUGUGUGUGUGUGUGUUUCCAGACGCUACUAAAUGCCUACUUGCUUGACGUGUUUUGCGUUACACGUAUAUUUUUCAAGUGCAAGUCCACACAAAGUGCAUCUUUUCCAAAACAAUCAAGAGUGUUUGUACAGUCAAACAAACAGCCAAAGGAUUAGAAAGCAGUCUGGAAAGCCAAGCAUCCACCUGAAAAGGUGGGAAUUCUAAGAACGCUACACUCAUGCACAAUUAUUGCAUCAUUAGCAUUCCUACUACAGUAGCUAAUCCUGUACAAUUGUAUGGAUUCAUCUGCUAACAACACCAUGGCACCGUAGUAUUAUAAACAGAAACAUGCAGCGAUUCAUGGCUGGGGGAAAGGAGGGUAUUUAUACCACGUGACACGGUUCUCUUCUCCAAUUGGUCAACGUGAGAACCUAAACAGGAAGAACGUCGGAGUCGCAAGAGAAGCGGUAAAAAAAUGUGUCGUUUGUCAUCUAACAAGAAGAUCCGAAAAACGAACUCCUCACGUAAGACGCUACACUCGGUAAUGAGAAUAAAGCUAGCAUUCACAUGAUUAGCAUGUCUAAAUUCGUGCUUCCGGUGACGUGCUAGGUUACGUACUGCUAGAACGUCCGAAUCAUUGUUGAAAUUGUCAAUAAAGGACAACGUUUCUUCGGUACGAAUCUUUCUCUCACUGCUCUCAACGUAUUCCGAUGGAAAAGAGAAUGCCGUCUAAUUGGGACGCAUUGAGGUACGCUGGGAUUUUUUUUUAAUUACAUUUUUUUAUAUCGUAACCGUGUUGGCAGGAACCGAAACACUAACCAAUUGUUGUCAGAUAAAAAGGCGAAAUGAUUAAAUAAAAAGUCGAGUUUAUUUAGAUUUAAAAAGUCACAUUGCAAAAAAAAAAUAAUGCGAUACAAACUGUGCACUCUGCACAUGCGCAGUUUGUAUGACAUUUUGACUUAAUGACUUUAGCUUGAAAUAAAGAUGUUGUAGACUUUAUCUCAUAGUUUUAAUCCCUUAAUUUUAAUUUAUCUUGUCAAAAAUAUAAAAAAUAUGCCUUUUUAUCUGAUAAUUGUCAUUUUUAUGACAAAGUGGAAGUUUUAUUUUCAUAAUUUCACCUUCUAUGCCAUCAUAAUGACUUUUUGACUCUUGCGUCCACGUGACCAAUGUUUU